CUGCUGGGACUUCCUGCCGGCACUGAGUGAGUCUCUUUAAAACAAGACAUUGUUUUUUGUCAUGGAAUUGACCAAAAUGUCAGACAUGACCAAGCUCCACCAAGCUGUGGCUGCAGGGGAGUACAAUUCAGUGAAAAAGAUUCUGAAGAAAGGUCUCUGUGACCCAAACUACAAGGAUGUGGACUGGAAUGACCGAACCCCACUUCACUGGGCAGCAAUCAAAGGGAAUAUGGAGGUGCUGCAGCUCCUCAUACGAUAUGGAGCCAGACCCUGCCUGGUCACUGAUGUGGGUUGGACCCCAGCUCAUUUUGCAGCUGAGUCAGGCCACCUGAACGUGCUCAAAACUCUCCAUGCAUUGCACGCCGCCAUCGAUGCCCCCGACUUCUUUGGAGACACACCAAAGAGGAUCGCACAGAUCUACGGGCAGAAAGCCUGUGUGGCAUUCCUGGAGAAGGCCGAGCCCGAGUGCCGUGACCACCGCAGAAUUGCCAGGCAGAAGGGGCUGCUGCUGGACCAGCGGGACCAAGACUGGGAUGCCAAGAAAAGGGAGAUGGAGCUGUCACUACCUUCUUCAAAUCAAAAUACUAAUAAGAAAAAGCAUAAGAAAAGUCGAGGCCCCAUGAGGCUUAGCAAUAACAAAGAGAAGAGAGUGUAAGACCUAGGCCAAAGGGACUAGAACGUACGUUGUCUGGUGGGAGACUUUCCCUGGCACCAGACCAGAGGUUGUCAGAUGUGGGCUGUAUUUAAAAGAUUUUACUUUUAGACCAUUAUCCAAAUGGCUUCUACUGGUAGCUGACAACUUGUCAUUCAACCUGGAAGUCUUUCCUUGGUGCUCUGCACACCAACCAUUGUCUCUUGCUAAUACCUACUGUCCACAAGAAUUGCCAACAGGAGACAGUGUCAGCUGCUUGCCUUUUGUCUUCAGUGAUUUGCACUUAUCAGCAUCUCCUGACCCCCACAAGCAAUUAUAGAAUUUCAGAAAAACUCUCCCUAAGGAAACUAGGUUGUUUAAAUACAAAAAAACCCCCUCAAAAAUUACUAAAACACUGUUUAGUCAAUCAAUGAAAAAAUUAUUUAUUAUCAUCUAGAGUAAACAAAGAGGUGAAUGAGUGUAUCUCCCAUUUUCUAGCUAUUUUUGUCUUUUGGGGUAGGGGCCCACAAUCUCUGCAUGGCAUUUCACUGAUGAUCACUUCUGCACAGGAGGAGCAGUCGGGGUGAUGGGUCAGCUGAGUGGGAUGUACCUGAAACUCAUGACAUGAAUUAAUUGUAUCCUGUGUAAUUAAUGAGAGAUAGUAUAAAAUAAUGGAACAUGUGAUUACAACUUUACUUAUUUAACUGUAAAUUUUAGGAAGUCUAAUACAGAUCAGAUAUUUCCAAUGAAAAUAUUGUAUCUAAAUUGAGAUGUGCUGUAAAUGAAACACACAUAUCAGAUUUUUGAAGAUGUAGUACAAAAAUGUAAAGUAGAUCAUUAUUACUAUUUAAUAUUGAUUACAUGUUGAAAUGAUAAUAUGGAUGUUGGGUUAAAUA